GGUUCGGGUUCCCAUAAAAGUUAGUCUUAAUAGAGAUUUGGAAGUUUUGUAACUUUAUUUUUUUAAUGAUUUUGCCAAUGUGAAAAUUGUUCAGUGCAAUCAGCAAAGGUGCGUCAAUUGGAGGAGUACUGAGGGAAGUUCUCUGCAUAGGCAUUAUUUGCUACCUGGAGAUCCAUUUGAAAAAAGAUUUAACGAAUAUUUUUUGUGCGAGAAAUGGGUAAAGAGGGAGACCCAUCAUCUUACAAGUACAGCAUAUUGAUUCCUACAUAUAAUGAGCGUCUCAACAUUGCUCUUGUCACCUACCUCAUCUUCAAGCACCUCAGUGGCAUCAAUUUUGAGAUUAUUGUCAUUGAUGAUGCGAGUCCUGAUGGUACUCAAGAAGUUGUGCAACAGUUGCAAAAAGUUUAUGGGGAAGACCGCAUACUACUGAGACCACGGCAGGGCAAACUUGGUUUAGGAACUGCAUAUGUGCAUGGCCUGAAGUAUGCAUCAGGAGAUUUUGUUGUCAUUAUGGAUGCGGAUCUUUCUCACCAUCCAAAGUAUUUGCCAAGUUUCAUAAAAAAGCAGAUAGAGACUGGUGCUGAUAUUGUUACUGGAACACGGUAUGUAAAAGGAGGAGGUGUACAUGGUUGGAAUCUUAUGCGUAAACUAACAAGCCGGGGAGCAAAUGUGCUCGCACAAACACUCUUAUGGCCAGGCGUUUCUGAUUUAACUGGUUCAUUUCGUCUUUACAGGAAACCUGUACUUGAUGAAGUUAUUAAGACCUGUGUCAGUAAAGGAUAUGUUUUUCAGAUGGAGAUGAUCGUUCGGGCUUCAAGAAAAAAUUACAACAUUGAAGAGGUGCCCAUUACUUUUGUUGAUCGGGUCUUUGGCAGCUCCAAACUAGGGGGGUCUGAAAUAGUUCAAUAUCUGAAAGGGCUUGUUUAUCUAUUUCUAACCACUUAAUGGAAUUUUGUUGAUGAUAAAUUCUAUGUUGAAUAAUGGCUGCAUUAUUCAUGCCAAUCUAGAUUCCCUUAUUAGUCACAUUAAAUAAAGCUGAAGAUAAAAGUUUAAUUCUUUACGGGGUAAUUCAGAUGGCAAAUGAUUACGAGCAAAAUGUACAUUGAGAUGUCCUCGAACUGAUUCAGGAAAAUAUGGAAAAAGCCAUAGAUGAUCUGGCGUACUUGAUAAUUUCUAAAAGCUUUCAAGGAAAGAAAGAUAGAAAACAGCAGAAAACAGAGUUUACUACACAGGCUGAAGCAGUGGGGAAUUCACAGAUAUGUUUUUUUGUCAACGUCCAAGAAUUGAAAGGCAUUAUAGAUGAUUCUGAAUUUUCAUUCUCAUAGGGUGCAUGGGUGUCUGAUUUUGUGAAA